GCGCGCUGACAAGCACUGGUCUACACUUCUUGAUACAACAAUGGGCGCAGGGCAGAGCAAACAGAAGAUUACAGCGCAUGACAAGGCUAUCCUGGACAUGAAAGUGCAGCGGGACAAGCUUCGGCAGUACCAGAAAAAGGCAAGUUGCUGCAAUCCCUCUCCAGCAGAGCCCCUGUAGAAGCACCAGACUAAACGCCCUUAGCACGUUUGCUGUGUGGGUGAAUCGGCUAGGUCCAGGUGAUAUUCGAUCGCGAAGACGCAAUUGCCCGCGAGCUGCUCUUGAAGGGUGACAAAAAGCGCGCAUUGCUGGCACUCCGGCGACGCAAGUUCCAGGAGCAGAUGAUAAAGAAGACCGACGACCAGCUGUUCAACCUGCAGCAGCUGAGCGAGACAAUAGAGUUCUCGCUGGUGCAAAAGGACGUCAUGUUUGGGCUGGAGCAGGGAAACAAGGUGCUGACCCAGCUCAACAACGAGAUGCGCAUAGAGGAUGUCGAGCGGCUGGCCGACGACACGGCAGAGGCAAUUGCUUAUCAGAACGAGGCUCACAUGACUGCCGAGGACGAAGACGCAGUUCUGGCUGAGCUCGAGGAGCUGGAGCGGCAGGAGGCUGAUAGGCUCCGGCUCGAGAUGCCGCACGUGCCCAGUCAUGCCCUGCCUGAGCAAGCACAAGGAGCAGCGGAGGAGGAAGGAGGAGGAAGAGGAGGAG